CUCCAUCCACUCCUGAAGAAUAUGUCAUUUUCUGCCUGCUCGUGGUCACGUGACAGCUCUCCUCGUGAGAUGGAUGGAGAUGGAUCUCCACGUCAGCUUGCGCGUCUGAAAUGUUGAGCUCGCGGACAUGCUUCAAAGCCACAGCAGCGCGAGGGGAUCACGGCAGCAGCAGGCUUGCGGACACGGAGGGAGCGCCCGUUAGUCCGUUAGACUCCGGAGCUGCUCAUGAGUAGCGCGAGCCCAGCCCAGCUCAACUCGAGCCAUGAUGGAUUUUGACGAGCGCGUGUCUGCAGUGGGCUCCAACAUGUAUCUGCCCGGUAGCUACGGCACCUACUACGUCUCUGGGACGGAGCUCGCGAGCCUCCCACCGUUCCUUCCCCAGAGCCCACCGUCCUGUCCCGUGACCUACUCUUACUCAGAUUUGGCCUUCAGGGAUUACGGCAUCGACACGAGCGCCAAAUGGCACCCUCGCGGGCCCCUGACCCACUGUCUGAGCGCAGAGGAGACUCACGCGGCUCACCGGGACUGCCUCGCGGGCUCCGGGACUCUGGGCGAGGUGUUCGCCAAAAACAGCCCGGUGGUGUUUAACCACCACCCCGCUCCCGGACAUGGACACACACACGCGCACUCACACCCACAAACACACUCACACACUUCCGCGAGCAUUUACGGCUCCGUGGGAAGGAACGGCGUCCUCCCGCAGGCGUUCGACCAGUUCUUCGAAACGGCGUAUGGCGGUACGAGCUCAGACAGCACCGGGACGCAGCUCGAGCACCCAGCUACGGAAAGGCUCGCGAGUAAACCACCGCCAGCAGCGGAGCCUGGCUCCGUGGACACGUGCCACCGGGACAUGGAAGAGAAGGAGAGGCAGCGCGAGGAGGAGAACAGCAGUCCCGAAUCUUCUUCCGGCAACACUGAAGAAAAUAAAUACUCCAACGGCAGUGGCCAGAGGACCCGGAAGAAGAGGUGUCCUUACACCAAGUUCCAGAUUCGGGAGCUCGAGCGUGAGUUCUUCUUCAGCGUCUACAUCAAUAAGGAGAAGCGCGUGCAGCUGUCGCGCAUGCUCAACCUCACCGACCGCCAGGUCAAAAUCUGGUUCCAGAACCGGCGGAUGAAGGAGAAGAAGCUGAACCGGGACCGGCUGCAGUACUACACCACCGGGAACCCGCUGCUCUAACCGGGACACUCAGUGCGCGAGAACAGACCACGCGCAAGACAAGCGCGGUGGAUAAAUUCAAGUUCGCGGGUGGAUGCAGGCCACAUUCCGCCUCUCUUCCGGACGGUGUGUGUGUGUGUGUGUGUGUGUGUGUGUGUGUUCCUGACAGGCUGUGAGAAACUGGAAUCCGCGCGUGUGUCUGAAACUGGAAUCAGGAUUUCUGGAGACUAUGAGCUCAUGCGUGUCUCGCUCUGCACUCAAAACAAACAAACAAACAAACAAACAAACAAACAAACAAACAAACAACACGUACAACAUUGCACGUGCCCCACCAAAGGACAUCCGCCUCAUAAGCAAAGCAUUUGCAAUAAUUUUAACAAAUGACAUCAAGUGGACAUUAUUAUUAUUAUUAUUAUUAUUAUUAUUAUUAUUAUUAUUAUUAUUAUUAUCAGGAAUUGCUGUGUCGGAUAUUUUGUGGCAAUAUUAUGUUCCCUUGAUGCCCAGUGCACUGUGUGUGUGUGUGUGUGUGUGUGUGUGUGUGUGUGUGUGUGUGUGUGUGUGUGUGUGUGUGUGUGUGUGUGUGUGUGUGUGUGUGUGUGAGAGAGAGACAGGGAGAGAGAGAGAGAGAGAGAGAGUGUGUGUGUGAGAGAGAGAGUUUGAAGCGCGUGAUGAGUACCGUUCUCAGUAGCUUCAUCCAUGAUGGCGCGCGCCAUGAGGUUCGAUGUCAGUGCCCUUAUUUUAUUAUUUGGGUCUAAUUGUUUAAUGGUGUUUAUUAUUGUUUAUUAUUGUUUAUUUUUCUUUCACAAUUUAUUUUUUUCAUCCGAUUAUUCUGUUUGUACUAUUGCGCACGCACAAUUAGAGAAUAUUAUGAAAUUCAGUAAUUAGACUCGUUUUUACCUCUAUCUAUCUAUCUAUCUAUCUAUCUAUCUAUCUAUCUAUCUAUCUAUCUAUCUAUCUAUCUAUCUGUUUCUGGGCUGUAUGAAUGAAGGCGGCGUGUUUACAUCCGCAUGCACGUUCUAUUCGAUUACGGAAAAGGCUUCAGGUGCUCGAGCUGUUUUUAAUUACAGCACGCGGGUGUGAAAGUAAAAC